UAGGCCUCUUAUUGUUCAUGUGUAACUUGCAAUGCAAUACGUAUAUGAAACUUUUUGUAGAAAGCAUUUUCUACAAAUUAAUGAAAUAACUUUAAUUAAAACCUGUCCUUCAUAAGCUCAAAACUCUACUCUGCGUACAGUAACUGGUAGAGAUUGUGAUAAAAGGGCAGAUAGAGUAAACAACAACCCAAGAAGAGUACUAGCUGAAGUUGUUGUCCCACCAUAAAGAUUGGAGAUAAACAUAGCAUGGAGUGACUACGCAACUUGACAGCAUGCCUGAGCUGCAACAUGGAAAGCCAGUCUAUAAAUUGAGAAGCCUCUUAGUUAAAGUGCAGUAACCUCAAAAAGCAAGCAGUAGUGCACAACUACAGGAUUAACAAACUGAGGAUUAAUUUUUUCUUUUUGCCAUCAUAUACUGGAUUAGAAUAUUCAUACAACAUAUUUUCAGGUAGUGGCAUGCUACUGGUAGAUUUUCAUGGACCAAGGCAUCCAUUAAGAAACCCUCUCCAAAUAAAACAUUCUCCUGUGGAAGAAACUUGAAGAUUCUCGUCAAUAUUGUUAGUAUUCUCAGAGCUCAAGCUAUUUCUGGGACAGCUAUGGUUGCAAUAAAACCCAAAGACCUUGCACCAACGACGCCUGUCAAGUUCAUUGGUGCAGGCACAGCAGCUUGCAUCGCUGACCUUGUGACCUUCCCCUUGGAUACGGCCAAAGUCAGGCUACAGAUCCAAGGAGAGAAUCAGUCAGGGCAUAAGUCGGUGCGGUACCGGGGUGUGUUUGGCACCAUCACCACCAUGGUGCGUACAGAGGGGGCCAGAAGCCUCUACAACGGCCUGGUAGCAGGACUCCAGAGGCAGAUGAGCUUCGCCUCUGUCCGUAUUGGUCUCUACGACUCCAUGAAGCAGUUCUACGCUCGUGGCUCUGACCAGGCGGGCAUCGUUACUCGACUUAUGGCAGGUUGCACCACCGGAGCAAUGGCUGUGAUGUUCGCUCAGCCCACAGAUGUGGUCAAAGUGCGUUUUCAGGCUCAAGCGCGUCUGGCUGACGGUGUGAAGCGAUAUAAUGGCACCAUGGACGCCUACCGGACCAUCGCCAGAGAUGAAGGAGUGCGAGGCCUGUGGAAAGGCUGCAUGCCAAACAUUACACGCAAUGCCAUUGUGAACUGUUCCGAGCUGGUCACCUACGACAUCAUCAAGGAACUCAUAUUGAAGUAUGACCUAAUGACAGACAACCUUCCAUGCCACUUUACGGCUGCGCUCGGUGCAGGGUUCUGUACCACAGUUGUGGCAUCGCCUGUGGACGUGGUCAAGACCAGAUUCAUGAACUCAUCGUCAGGCCAGUACAGAAGUGCAAUCAACUGUGCCUACACUAUGCUGACUAUGGAGGGGACAACAGCCUUCUACAAAGGGUUUGUGCCCUCUUUCCUGCGACUGGGAUCCUGGAACAUUGUGAUGUUUGUGUCUUAUGAGCAGAUUAAGCGGGGUAUGAUGAAAGCCGAGACCUCCUGGGAGUCACCAUUCUGAUUGUUGUUCUGCCACAACAGUUUGUUUAUUUCUCUCAUGCUUCUCUGGUCUGAGCCUGGCUGGCCAAAAGGCAUAGGCUUCACCACGACAAUAGAGAUCACACCUGUUCUCUGUCAGAGUUCCAUGAAAUGCUUCUAACAGUGGAGACCGAAGUGGGAGCACCCAAGCAAAAGGCGUGACAGAGCCAGAACUGUUCCAGUAGCAAAUGUCCUGUGAAAUUAACACUUAGAUAUUAGUGGCUUCAGUUGGUUUAGCGGUGUGGGUUCGGGUCCAGCCCGCUGCUCUUUCAACAAAAACUACUCUUAGUCUUUCCACACUUUCCUGUCAAAUAAAGCAUAUAAAUGCUUGACAAAUAUAUUUUUCAAAAGAAAAUAUUAGAAUGGAGCAAUAGACCUUUCCUCUGAGUCCCCUUCCAUCUUGUCCUUUGAUUGUGUCAAGAAAUGUUUACAGUCCUGCAAUUAUAAUUAUGUUUAUGCUUAUGUUGAAAUUCUUUUUAUUCCUAUGCAUUCUUUGUUAACUUUUUUUUUAAUAAGAUGUGAAAGCUUUGUUUAUUGCUGGUCAAUAACUCAUGAUGAGGAUAUGAAUAAUGUAUAUUCCAAUUAAGUGCAAUAUAUUAUUUGUACCAAAAAAGUUCAUUAAAAUAAAGCUUCCAUUUUUUAA